CAUCACAUCACCCCACUCUCUGCUGUUAAAUCGUCUGUUAGUUGCCUCACCAUGAUGUGAUUUUUUUUCAUCAUCACUAGAGACAGAGAUGUCUGGCAGACACAACUAAUUUAUUGAUCGGUUGAACUCAACUUUUCCAGGAUUACGUUUCGGUGCAUCUCCACCGUAUUUGCAGCCUGUCAGAGAGGCCCAGCCAUGGCGCAGCAGGACGGUACUGCCAAGAAGAACCCUGCUGUUGCAGCGCUGCACUCUCACUUCAUCGUGGGAUCAGUGUCGGAGGAGAACUCGGAGGAUGAAAUCCAAGGGAGGCCUGACUUGCAGCUGGAGGAAAAAGAGACUCGCUCCUUGUCGCCGUCCUCCGAUAGCUCGAGCAGCACCUUCGAAAUGGGAUUCGACCACAUUGAAGGCCCCAAUCAAAAUCUCAGGCCAAGCAUGUCAGGGCUGCACUUGGUGAAGCAGGGCAGAGAUCGCCGGCGCAUUGAUCUCCAGAGGGACUUCACAGUGGCGUCUCCUGCCGAAUUUGUUACCCGCUUUGGUGGCAACAAGGUUAUCGAGAAGGUGCUUAUCGCUAACAAUGGCAUUGCAGCGGUGAAAUGCAUGCGCUCCAUCCGCCGCUGGGCCUAUGAGAUGUUUCGCAAUGAAAGGGCGAUCCGCUUUGUGGUUAUGGUGACCCCAGAGGACCUGAAGGCCAAUGCAGAGUACAUCAAGAUGGCCGAUCAUUACGUGCCUGUGCCAGGAGGGACUAAUAACAACAACUAUGCCAAUGUGGAGCUCAUUCUGGACAUAGCUAAACGCAUACCCGUUCAGGCAGUGUGGGCUGGAUGGGGUCAUGCCUCGGAGAACCCCAAACUGCCAGAGCUGCUUCACAAGAAUGGCAUAGCUUUCAUGGGUCCUCCCAGUCAGGCUAUGUGGGCGCUAGGAGACAAGAUCGCCUCGUCCAUCGUGGCUCAGACAGCUGGCAUUCCCACCCUGCCCUGGAGCGGCGCAGGCCUGACAGUAGAGUGGACAGAGAGCGAACAAAAGAAGAAAAUUAUCAACGUUCCUACCGACGUGUACGAGCUCGGCUGCAUCCUGGAUGUGGAGGAUGGCCUCAAGGAAUCAGAGAAGGUUGGCUACCCCGUGAUGGUGAAGGCCUCAGAGGGAGGCGGAGGGAAAGGCAUCCGUAAAGUCAACUGUGCUGAUGAUUUCCCUAACCUCUUCCGACAAGUCCAGGCAGAAGUUCCAGGAUCUCCUAUUUUCAUCAUGCAGCUCGCCAAGCACGCCCGCCACCUUGAGGUCCAGAUCUUGGCGGAUCAAUACGGCAACGCCAUUUCCCUGUUCGGUAGGGACUGUUCCGUGCAGCGACGGCACCAGAAGAUUAUAGAGGAGGCUCCAGCAACCAUCGCCCCUUCGGAUGUGUUUGAGGAUAUGGAAAGGUGUGCGGUGAAGCUGGCUAAGAUGGUGGGCUACGUCAGUGCAGGUACAGUGGAGUACCUCUACAGCCAGGAUGGCAGCUUCUACUUCCUGGAACUCAACCCUCGUCUGCAGGUGGAACACCCCUGUACUGAGAUGGUGGCCGAUGUCAACCUGCUAGCUGCCCAACUGCAGAUUGCUAUGGGUAUUCCUCUGCAAAGGAUUAAAGACAUCAGGAUGCUCUAUGGGGUGCAGCCCUGGGGAGACUCUCCCAUUGACUUUGAGGGCCUGUCCACUGCCCCCUCCCCACGGGGCCAUGUCAUUGCAGCACGAAUCACCAGUGAAAACCCUGAUGAGGGUUUCAAGCCGAGCUCCGGAACAGUACAAGAGCUGAAUUUCCGCAGCAACAAGAACGUGUGGGGCUACUUCAGCGUUGCAGCGGCCGGGGGGCUGCAUGAGUUUGCCGACUCCCAGUUUGGACACUGUUUCUCGUGGGGAGAGAAUCGGGAAGAAGCCAUCUCCAACAUGGUGGUGGCUCUGAAGGAGUUGUCUAUCAGAGGAGACUUCAGGACGACAGUGGAAUACCUCAUUAAGCUGCUGGAGACUGAAAGCUUUCAGCACAACAGCAUCGACACAGGCUGGCUGGACAGGCUCAUCUCAGAGAAGAUGCAGGCGGAGCGUCCAGAUACCAUGCUGGGAAUUGUGAGCGGGGCUCUUCACGUGGCAGAUGUCAAUCUAAGGAACAGUGUGUCCAACUUUCUGCAUUCUCUGGAAAGGGGCCAAGUGCUGCCAGCACACACACUGCUCAACACGGUGGACGUGGAGCUGAUCUACGAAGGCACUAAAUACACUCUAACAGUGACACGGCAGUCCCCCAACUCCUAUGUGGUCAUCAUGAACCACUCCUCUGCGGAGAUGGACGUCCAUCGGCUCAGUGACGGAGGCCUUUUGCUGUCUUAUGAUGGGAGCAGCUACACCACCUACAUGAAGGAAGAGGUGGACAGGUAUCGCAUCACAAUCGGGAACAAGACUUGUGUUUUCGAGAGGGAGAAUGAUCCUUCCCUGCUGCGAUCUCCUUCGGCAGGGAAACUCAUCCAGUACACAGUCGAAGACGGCGGGCACGUGUUUUCUGGACAGUGCUACGCUGAAAUAGAGGUGAUGAAGAUGGUGAUGACGCUGACAGCUGCCGAGUCUGGCUGUAUUCACUAUGUGAAGAGGGCUGGAGCAGCACUGGAUCCAGGCUGUGUCAUUGCCAAGCUGCAGCUGGAUGACCCGAGCAGAGUGCAACAGGCCGAGCUUAACACGGGGCCGCUGCCCGCUAUCCAGGCAGUGGCUCUGAGAGGAGAGAAACUCCACAGAGUGUUCCACACUACACUGGAUCAUCUCGUUCACAUAAUGAACGGCUACUGUCUCCCUGAACCUUUCUUUAGUGCUAAGUUGAAAGAGUGGGUGGAAAGGUUGAUGAAAACGAUGCGCGAUCCUUCUCUGCCGCUGUUGGAGCUCCAGGAUAUCAUGACCAGUGUGUCAGGGCGCAUCCCUCCCGCUGUGGAGAAGUCCAUCAAGAAGGAGAUGGCUCAGUAUGCUAGCAACAUCACCUCCGUGCUCUGCCAGUUUCCCAGCCAGCAGAUUGCAAACAUCCUGGACAGCCACGCUGCUACACUUAACAAGAAGUCAGAGAGAGAAGUCUUCUUUAUGAACACACAGAGCAUCGUCCAGCUGGUGCAGAAGUAUCGCAGUGGCAUCAGAGGUCACAUGAAGGCGGUGGUGAUGGACCUGCUCCGACAGUACCUGAAAGUGGAGAUCCAGUUUCAGAAUGGACACUAUGACAAAUGUGUGUUUGCACUGCGCGAGGAAAACAAAGGCGACAUGAUCAACGUGCUCAACUACAUCUUCUCCCACGCUCAGGUCACCAAGAAGAACCUGCUGGUUACUAUGCUCAUCGAUCAGCUGUGUGGCCGUGAUCCCACUCUGACAGACGAGCUGAUGGCAAUCUUGACGGAACUCACCCAGCUCAGCAAGACGACCAACGCCAAGGUGGCGCUGCGGGCUCGGCAGGUGUUGAUAGCUUCCCACCUCCCAUCUUAUGAGCUACGUCACAACCAGGUGGAGUCCAUCUUCCUCUCUGCCAUCGAUAUGUAUGGACACCAGUUCUGCAUCGAGAACCUCCAGAAACUGAUCCUUUCAGAGACAUCCAUCUUUGAUGUUCUGCCCAACUUCUUCUACCACAGUAAUCAGGUAGUCAGGAUGGCUGCGCUGGAGGUGUACGUUCGCCGGGCAUACAUCGCCUAUGAGCUCAACAGCGUUCAGCAUCGACAGCUGAGGGACAACACAUGCAUAGUGGAGUUCCAGUUCAUGCUCCCCACAUCGCACCCCAACAGAGGGAACAUCCCCACACUAAACAGGAAAUUGUCUGCUCCGAUCCUGGACAUUGCAAAAGUGGCAGACUCUAGGUUACACGAAAGUAAACUGCAGGAUCUUAAAGCACAAGAUAGUAUAUCUGAGGAUGAGAACGCAGAGAAGAAAAAUGCAGCGGAUUCGGAAUCUGUGGACAGGAUGUCUUUCUCAUCCAACCUGAACCACUACGGCAUGGUGCAUGUCGCCAGCGUCAGCGACGUUCUGCUCGACACUUCGUUCACACCGCCUUGUCAGCGCAUGGGAGCCAUGGUCGCUUUCCGCUCCUUCCAGGAGUUCACCAGGAACAUUAACGACGUGCUGAGCUGCUUCUCCGACUCUCCUCCGCCAAGUCCAACCUUCCCAGAGGGAGGAAACCCUGUCCUGUACGGUGAAGAGGACAACAAGAGUAUCCAGGACGAGCCGAUCCACAUCCUGAAUGUGGCUAUAAAGACGGACAGCGACAUCGAUGAUGACGGCCUUGCAUCUGUAUUCCGAGAGUUUACUCAUUCGAAGAAAUCUAUGCUGUUUGAACAUGGCAUCCGUCGCCUGACUUUCCUCGUGGCCCAGAAGGAUUUCAGGAAGCAAGUCAACUGUGAGGUGGACCAAAGGUUUCAUAGAGAAUUCCCCAAGUUUUUCACAUUCCGUGCCAGAGACAAGUUUGAGGAGGACAGGAUCUAUCGUCAUUUGGAGCCGGCGCUAGCUUUCCAGCUGGAACUCAACCGCAUGCGCAAUUUUGCCCUCACUGCCAUCCCGUGUGCCAACCACAAAAUGCACUUGUACCUGGGUGCCGCCCGUGUGGAGGUGGGCGCAGAGGUCACGGACUACCGUUUCUUUGUGCGAGCCAUCAUCCGCCACUCCGAUCUGGUCACCAAGGAGGCCUCUUUUGAAUACCUUCACAAUGAGGCCGAGCGUCUGCUGCUGGAAGCCAUGGAUGAGCUGGAGGUGGCGUUCAACAACACAACUGUGCGAACUGACUGCAACCAUAUCUUCCUCAACUUUGUCCCCACGGUCAUCAUGGACCCAUCAAAGAUCGAGGAGUCUGUGCGCUCCAUGGUGAUGCGUUACGGCAGCCGCCUGUGGAAGCUGCGCGUCCUGCAGGCUGAGCUGAAGAUCAACAUCCGCCUGACUCCAACAGGAAAGCAAAUCCCAAUCCGCCUCUUCCUCACCAAUGAGUCAGGCUACUACCUGGACAUCAGCUUGUACAAGGAGGUCACUGAUUCCCGAACGGGACAGGUGGGGCCCAAAGACCGACAGACUCGUGUUGCAACGGAGACAUGUCUGGCUGAGUCAUCACCCCCCCCCCGGCCAAAGCUUCGACUAUUCGCUGUCGAUUGCAACCGAAGCUCCGGAGCCAAAAAAAUGAUCAUGUUCCAAGCCUAUGGAGACAAACAGGGUCCGCUGCAUGGCAUGCUCAUCAACACCCCCUAUGUGACCAAGGACCUGCUGCAGUCGAAACGCUUCCAGGCGCAGUCUCUGGGCACCACCUAUGUCUAUGACUUUCCAGAAAUGUUCAGACAGGCUCUGAAAAAGCUGUGGCACUCUUACCAGACGUUUGCCCACUUACCCAAAUGCCCUCUCCCUUCUGAGCUGCUCACCUUCACAGAGCUGGUUCUUGACGACCAAGGUCAGCUGGUGCAGAUGAACCGGCUGCCUGGAGGAAACGAGAUUGGAAUGGUGGCGUGGCGCAUGACCCUGCGCACGCCAGAAUAUCCAGCGGGGCGCGAGAUCAUCGUCAUAAGCAACGACAUCACGCACAAGAUCGGCUCGUUCGGGCCCCAGGAGGACGUGUUGUUCCUGAGGGCCUCUGAGAUGGCGCGAGAGAGCGGCAUCCCCCGGAUCUACAUCGCAGCCAACAGUGGCGCCCGCAUCGGGCUGGCAGAGGAGAUCAGACACAUGUUCCACGUGGCCUGGCAGGAUCCAGCUGACCCUUAUAAGGGUUACAAGUACCUCUACCUAACACCUCAGGAUUACAAGAAAGUAUCAGCCCUGAACUCUGUGCAUUGCGAGCAUGUGGAAGAUGAGGGAGAAUCCAGGUACAAGAUCACUGACAUCAUUGGAAAAGAUGAAGGGCUCGGUGUGGAGAAUCUGAAAGGGUCUGGAAUGAUUGCCGGAGAAUCCUCCCUGGCUUACGAUGAGAUCAUCACCAUGAACCUGGUCACAUGCAGAGCCAUCGGGAUCGGGGCCUAUCUGGUCAGGCUCGGACAGAGAACCAUUCAAGUGGACAACUCUCACAUUAUCCUGACUGGAGCUGGAGCCCUCAACAAGGUGCUGGGCAGAGAAGUGUACACCUCGAACAAUCAACUUGGUGGCAUCCAAAUCAUGCACAACAACGGUGUUACCCACAGUGCCGUGUGUGAUGACUUUGAGGGAGUGUACACACUGCUGGAAUGGCUUUCCUACAUGCCCAUGACUAAUUCAAGUCCAGUGCCAAUCCUCGAUGCCAAGGAUCCCAUAGAUCGGCUGGUGGAGUUUGUCCCUACAAAGGCUCCCUAUGACCCUCGCUGGAUGCUAGCAGGACGUCCCAGCCAGACUCCAAAGGGUUCCUGGCAGAGUGGCUUCUUUGACCAGGGCUCCUUCAUGGAGAUCAUGCAGCCAUGGGCUCAGAGCGUGGUGGUAGGCAGAGCCAGGCUGGGUGGGAUACCUACUGGGGUGGUCGCCGUAGAAACCAGGUCUGUCGAGCUGUCAAUCCCAGCCGAUCCAGCCAAUUUGGACUCGGAUGCGAAGAUCAUCCAGCAGGCCGGACAGGUGUGGUUCCCAGAUUCUGCUUUCAAGACGGCGCAGGCCAUUAAGGACCUGAACAGAGAGGGGCUCCCUCUGAUGGUGUUUGCCAACUGGAGGGGCUUUUCUGGAGGAAUGAAAGAUAUGUACGACCAGGUGUUGAAGUUCGGGGCCUACAUCGUGGACGGGCUGCGGGAGUACAAGCAGCCGGUACUGGUUUACAUCCCCCCACAGGCUGAGCUGAGGGGGGGAUCCUGGGUGGUUAUAGAUCCCACCAUCAACCCUCGUCACAUGGAGAUGUACGCUGACAAGGACAGCCGAGGUGGAGUUUUGGAGCCUGAAGGAACGGUGGAGAUCAAAUUCCGGAAAAAGGACCUGGUGAAGACGAUGAGACGAGUGGAUCCGAUCUACAUGAGCUUGGCGGAAAGACUGGGAACCCCAGAGCUGAACCCCUCUGACUGUAAAGAGCUGGAGACCAAGCUGAAGGAGCGAGAGGAGUUCCUCCUGCCCAUCUACCACCAGGUUGCCGUGCAGUUUGCAGACCUCCACGACACCCCGGGUCGCAUGCAAGAGAAGGGCGUAAUAACGGAUAUCCUUGAUUGGCAAACAUCCCGUCAGUUCUUUUACUGGCGCCUGAGGCGUCUGCUGCUGGAGGACACGGUGAAGAGUAAGAUCCAAGCGGCCAACAGCGAGCUGACAGACGGACAGAUCCAGGCGAUGCUGCGCCGCUGGUUCGUGGAGGCCGAAGGGGCCGUCAAGGCCUAUCUGUGGGAUAAUAACGAAGAGGUGGUGUCAUGGCUGGAGAGGCAGCUGGCUGAAGAGGAGGGCGCCAGGUCCGUCGUCGAUGAGAACAUCAAGUACAUCCGCCGAGACCACAUCCUUAAGCAGAUACGCAGCCUCGUUCAAGCCAAUCCAGAGGUUGCCAUGGAUUCCAUCGUGCACAUGACUCAGCACAUCUCUCCAACGCAGAGAGCCGAGGUGGUCCGCAUCCUGUCCACCAUGGAGACGUCGGCCUCCUCUUGAGGGAGUGGGGCCCAGCCUUUCCUCCCUCCGCCUGGCUGAUGCUCUGCUCGGGCUGCCUCCAUAGCCAGACCUCGCUCCUUGGCGAGGACCCCGAGUCUGGAGGAGCCAACGCGAGGGGCCCCUGGCAGAUGCCGGGACACCAGAUGAACCGUUGGCCAUGAUUCUCGAUGAGCAAGAGCUCGGACAACUAACAUAAAUUACGAAAAUGUUGUUGAAAUAUCUCACACUGACGUAUCGCACGUACGCUAGUAAAUCUGUGUUUUUUUAUUCUAGUGCAAUUUUUUUUUUUAAUUAGUCGCUAAUAAUAUGUCUGGCCCAAGUCUACCAGGGGCCUCACUACGACUAUACAGCUUUAUGUUGUUGUCAUUCUACAAUGGUUUGUGACAUAUGCUUGUUAAGAACCUCAAGUGUUUUGAUGACCAACAGACAACACAUUGCUUGGGAGGGGGCAUUAGUGAGAAAGAGGGGGUUUUACUUUCCUAAGCUGGGAACACGUAGUUACUGAACAAAGGCGAGAUGGGGGAACACUACAACAGAUCCGGACAGGAGAGCCCAGCGGGGAGCGGGCACGGGGUCCCUUUUAGACCCCGACUGUUUCACAGUUACCCUGUGGAGAGCCCGCCACGGGCCGCGCUCCUCGCAACAAAACCCACAGCUGUCCCUUCUGUUCUCACUCACACGGUUCACACACACACUGUUUCGGAUGCACUUUACUAUUUACUGUUACCUCACCCAGAAUCAAACAGCAGUUUGAACGCAUGCAAACAAAUUGGUACAAGCGGUAAUAGAGGCCGAGGUGAUGAUGGUUUUAAUGAGCAUUGACAACGAUACUAAUAGUGUUUGUUUAGAAAUAGCCUGUACCCUUUGUUUUGACUACUUAAAACCAAUUACUGUCAGUGGAAAGGGUUUGUUGUUGUUUUUUUUAACAAAUUCAUAUUUUUGAAUUUGCACUCAUUCAAUGGCUAACUCAUUAAAUGUCAGCUGUUUCUGUUCACUGGAUUGACAUGUUACACAUCAAACACGGUGUCUAAUUCUCACUGUAUCCAAACGUACUGUUCUAUUUAAAGACCAUAUGUUUGAAAUGUUACUUAAUUUUUGAGAACCAUGUUUGAAUAUUACUUAUCUGCUUGUGUUUUUUUACUUGCAGACAAGGCAACUGUAUGAGAGUACAUAUUGAGAGGCAAACUGCAUCAUACUACUGAAAUUCAUUUCUAUGGAUUUCAAAUGAUCUGCAGAAGAAAAAGCGACGGCAAUGUGAAAUGGCUUUGUGGUCAGUGCUGUGCCUUUUUUUUAUUUGCCUGUAUUGACAUGUAGUUGCUUUAUAAGUAACUGGUUGCUUCCUGUAGAAACAUGGAGAAUAAUUUACAGUGAUGAGCUCUAACUGUGUCUGCAAAUUUAAUAAAGCUUACCCAACUCA